AUGAGGAUACCAACAGUAUCCGUAGGUGUGAGGGCAACGCCGAUUACACCAGAUAAUAGGAGUACUGCUGUUACGAUUGCGACAUGGCUUCUCCUCAUUAUUCUCAUUAUCAUGUUCCUGUCGAGAGAGGCGAUCAAGUUUGUUGUAUUGCGGAAGUUCCAGAUCGAUGACUUGCUCAUAUUACUUGCCACGUUAUUCGCAGUUGGGCUUUCGGUCACAACGCUUGUGCUGGCUUCUAAUGGCCUUGGAGUGUUGCGUCCGCUUACCGUCCGACGCGCUGAUGUGUUUAUGAAGCUGUACUACGCUUCCGACUUUCUCUACAUCUCUUCUCUCUGCUUCGCAAAGCUCUCAUUAGUUUCAUUCUUUUACGGCGUUGGCGUCAAAAAAGUGCACCGGCGAAUCGUUCAAGGACUCGGUGUCUUCAUUAUUACUUGGACAAUCGCGUCCCUAGUUGCUGUCGCGUUUCAAUGCGGACUCCCAAGACCAUGGGAGAUGUUAACACUGCGCUGCUACAACUCGGGCGUAUUCUGGAUCGUCUACUGCAUAAUCGACAUGACCACCGACGUCUCCAUCAUCAUGCUGUCCGUCAACCUAGUCGCCUACCUCCAAGUCAACUUGUCCCGUAAAAUUACCGUUGUCGCAUGUUUCGCGCCUCGUGUCCUCGUCAUCGUUGCUGCGCUCGCUCGUCUCAUUUACCUGUACCCUAUCAACCCGCACAUGAAGCCCGCAUUUAAUCUCUGGAUCCCGGUCAUUUGCACGCAAAUCCAAGUUUGUCUUAGCAUUUCCACGGCCUGCAUUCCUUAUAUGAAACCGUUUUUUGAGGGUGUGGAAGCCGGAGUUUGGAGAGCUGAUGAUUUACGCAGAAAAGGAAUGAUGGUGGAUGAGCUGUACGCGUACAGGUCUGCGGGUGGGUCCUUGGGAACCAAGGGUCACGGCCACAGCAAGGGCAAGGAGAUUUACUCGAUGGACUCGACCAUCAGAGCAACAAGUUAUAAAUAUGGAAGGAGUACGGAUGUCUCGCCUCAGAUCCCCACUCCGGUGCCGCUGAGUCCGUUGACG